GAGAACAUAAUAUUUAUUGUGAUCCUAUUGGAAUAAUUUCAUUAAGAGACUUGUAAUUUCUUGUUACUGGACUAGAAUAAGACAUGGUAGCUAGUCCAGCUCAAAUCGUAAAAAGUUGAGGGACUUGUAUUUUGAAUUGCUUCCGAAAAGGAAUCUAUUGGUAUGUGCGUUGAUUUAUUUCAUGGAUAAGGGCUUUGGCUCAAGUCUAAGAUGGCCGAGCCGUGUCAGGAAAGAUAAUAGAAGAAACAUCUGACUACUUCGAGUCAUAUGCCAUGUGAGUUAAGUUCAAUGUUUGAAUGGAGAAUACGGAAGCUAGUCCAUCAUCUCCGAGUUUUGGAUGUUGCGGUUGGGCCAAAGAGUUCUCUAGAUGGAUUUGUCGUCAUUUUUUUUUAUAAUCAUGGUGUUCGAUUUAGUUUACGUGUAUUGAAUCAACUACCAAUCCAAUGGACUAUUUUGCUGUACAAAUUAUUGUAAGGACACGUGGACAACAAAACAGAGCAACAAACAAGUUUGUCAUCAUACCUAUAAAACAAACAUCUGUCAACCUCAUAUCUUACCAUAUUAUGUAUUCACCCUUAUAAAACGGUGAACUUUGGAUCAACCAAAAUAUCAAUGUUCACAGAAAUGUCAAUAUCUUUAACAAGAAGUAUUUUUUGCCUCUUUCUCUUCUUUUUUGCCACUGCAGCUUCAAGAAAUGAGAAGCUAUCAGCUUAUGAAGAGCUACAGCGUUAUGAUUUCCCAAUGGGGAUUCUUCCAAAAGGAGUAAAAGACUACAAAUUAAACACAAAAACAGGUGAAUUCUCAGCUUAUCUUAACUCUACCUGCAGCUUCAAAUUGGAGAACUCAUAUCAACUGAAUUACAAGCCUGUUAUAAAAGGGGUUAUAUCUAAAGGCAGGCUUAAGAAAUUGAGUGGUGUUAGUGUUAAGGUGGUGUUGCUAUGGCUUAACAUUGUCGAAGUUGAGAGAAAAGGUAAGACUCUUGAGUUCUCAGUUGGAUUCGCUUCGGCGAAUUUUCCGGUUGAGAACUUUGAGGAAUGUCCACAGUGUGGCAUGGAUGGAAUUGUGCUGAUGGAGGUAACAAUCUUGUGUCUUCUUUCUAGACUAGAUUAGGUACUUCGUUUGAAAAUCUAGUUAUGUUUUUUGUUUUCUG